AUGGCGACCGCAUCGCCUUCGCUAUCAUCGAAUUGUUUCAUCGAUGCGGCUACAUACUUCGAAAGCCGUCGUGGGCGUCGAACCUUCCCCGAGAGAAACGCCUCGCAGAUUUUGCUAGGGGAUGCGAGCGCCAACAGUCCGAUAGAAGAGGAGGAGGGGCUGGUGCGGCGGCAGGCGCAAGCGUCUGCACCGGUCGCAUGGCAGCAGCAGCAGCAGCAGCGCCACCAGCAGAUGCGACCAACACGACGACCGCGCGGACCUGGGAUAGCGUUUGCCGCGCGUAUUGAAGCGAGCGGCUUUCCAGCCGCUGCCUCGCGCCGCAGCGCCUGCGCUGAUGUCGUGCCUGAGUGCCUUUACCAGUACGACACCAGCGAGCUGCGCACGCACAAGAGACCGGCUCAGAUGCCGAAUCGUGUAAAGCAGUGCGACCGCAACCUGCAGCUGUUUCUGCGACCGGAGGAGCAGGUGGUGCGGUCUGCCGCGGCAGCCGUGAUGCUUGGCGAGUCGCGGGAUGGGCAGCUGUCCUACUCUCGCUAUCCAUCGUCGCAGGCGCACGAGCACAGCAAAGACCCGCGGAUGACUGCCGACGCGAUCGAGGCCUCGUCCAGCCCAUUUUCAGACUCUGCGCCGCACGAUCAAGCCAUGAUGACUGACCGCCGCUCUUGCCUUCCCUAUGCGCCUGCUGCCGAACUCGACGACUCGCUGCUUUUGAAGGAGUCUCUGUCAUCAGAUCGACUGCGGCUGCUGGAGCACCUCUAUCAGCGAGAGCGCAGCAGGCUCCGUGGGGCAAGCCGCUCCGUGGAGAGAGAUGUGGGUGCAGUCGCAGAAGAGGACGCACGGGCUUGGCACGGUCAAGCUCCAGUCUCCUCACUGCCGUGGGGCACGACAGUGCUCCCCUUCAGACACGGCGACAGCGCUGACGUCGCCGCAAACCUACCUUCACUGAGACGUCGAGCGGAGCGCAGCAGUGUCAGACGUGAUGACGGCGACGGCGCAGUGCAUGCGCAUCCAUUGCAAGGUCGUGACUGGCAGCCGUGGGAGCGCAAGUAUGCAUGUGAGGCGCACCCAGUUACCCCUCGCACCCGAUCAUCCUUCCACGCAUCCUCGCAGAUCGCGGAUUCGAAUGAGCGCAGUGAUAACGAUAAUGAUAGAAAUGGCGGCGUCGAUUACACACACGCGAAGUCUUUCGGCAACGCCACGUGCUCAGCUAACUGGCGGUGUGCCUCCGCCUCACAUCGGCGACGGGUCACAGGCUCCUACGACGACUUCUCUGACAGCACGGAAGCCCGCAACGAGCCGCCUAAGCACACCACUCGCAUCGGCUCGCGAAUGGCCAUGGCUGAUGCCGCUCCUCGAGUACCCCACAUCUCCGCCUGGUUUGCGCCCCUGCGUAAUGACCGUGUAGCGCGGCAGGCGCAUCACACCAGGAGCGCCGACCACGCUCGCGCAUCGCACUCGUUGCGAGGAGAGAAAGAGCGACAAGCUGGCCAACUUCAGCGGCACAUCUCAGCGGCAUCGCCAUCGGUGCAGGGGAGCUCGUCCUCCACCGCAGCAGGGGCGAGGCCAGUGGAAACCUCCCCUGCCGCCUCCGCUCGCACACAAGCGACGGUGACCCUCAGCGACGUCUGCACACAUCAACCGUUACGGGCACCAUCUCUGCAGCAGCGACAGCAUGGGAAGCUGGCGGGCAGUGCCGCUUCAUCUCCCCUCUUCCCCACAUCCUCUGCACGCGUGCAGGGACGAGACGACGCUGCGCUGACUCUGCGAGACGUUUGUGGGGCAUUGAACACCGCCGCAGUGGUGAUGUGA